UAAAUUUUGUUUUCAAUUAAAACACGCACUAGGAAAAUGCCUGCAGUUAAAACAAAAAAGAUAAAAGUCCAUCCGAAAUCUAAUAAAAUAAAAACUAUUGAAGAUGCGCUGGAGAAUAAAGCUUGGGAGAAAGUGAAAAUCAAAGGCAAUAUAAUCUCUGAUGACGGUGGUGGCUUUGAAGGUCUCAUUGGCCUAGAGGUGUUGGAAGAAUAUGACCCUAAAUUAGUAGAAACUGCUAAGGGAAAACGCUCAAGGAAAGAAAAGAGAAAGGAAAGCAAGUUGGAAGCUAAAAAACGUAAGUUGGAGAAGCAAUCAAAUUCGGAAACUGAUACAGAAGAUGAUGAUGAUGAUACAGAAUCAACUACGCCGAAAAACAGAAAGGAACGUCUGGCAGAGCGGAAAUUAAACUCAAUUGAAAAACGUAAAGCAAAACGUGAAAAACGUAAACAGAAGAGGAAUGAAAAUAAACAAGACGCUAAUGUUCAGGUCGACAAAAGUAAUGAAGAGGAAUAUCCUCCAGAUCGCUUUGCUUUGCUGAGACCACCAGUUGAAGAUAGUGAUGUAAAUAUUGAAACCAGUGAUGAGGAAACUGAGGCUCCACAGUUGAUGAAUGCGUCAGCGAUAAGCGUUGAUGACCUUGAGGGCUGGAAUGGAUUAGGUGUGCCACAGGUCAUUCUUCAAGCUAUUGGUGAAAAAGGCUUCAAAUCGCCGACGGAAAUACAGGCUAUGACACUGCCUGCAGCCAUUUUGGGCAAAAAAGACAUACUUGGGGCGGCGGAAACUGGCAGUGGUAAAACGUUAGCAUUCGGUAUACCGUUAUUAGCCGGUAUCAUGGAACUGAAAUCGAAAAACCUACGUAGUGGGAUACGUAAAGCGCCUAAAGUAAAGGGACAAACUCAGGAUGUGAAAUCCAAAGCAAUUGAAGAAGAUAGGGAGCUAACUCCACCACCAGAAGAACUUGAUUUUUAUCCGUCUUUACCUACAGAGGACGAAGCAAGUGAUUCGGAGGACGAUCAGGAACACAACGGACCACUGUAUGCGGUGGUGCUCACACCAACUCGUGAGUUAGCAGUACAAGUACGAGAUCACUUAGUAGCAGCCGCGAAGUACACUGGUAUAAAAGUUGCGGCGAUUUUUGGUGGAUUAGCUGUCGCUAAACAGGAACGUUUACUGAAACGUUGCCCCGAAAUUGUUGUUGCGACUCCCGGACGCUUAUGGGAGCUCUAUCAACAAGAAAAUCCACAUUUAAGCAAAAUUGAAGACAUAAGUUUCUUGGUAAUCGACGAAACUGAUCGCAUGGUAGAAAAAGGCCACUUCGAAGAACUUCGGAGCCUUUUGAAAGUGCUGAACGCAAAUGAAGAGAAAAAGCAAACGAGGCAGAAUUUCAUAUUUUCAGCUACUUUAACACUGGUGCAUGACUUGCCCGACCAUAUGCAACGGCGAAAUGUGGGAAAACGGCCCAAGUUUAUAAAACAAACACCCGGCAUGAAAAUUCAAGGUCUUAUAGAAGAGUUGGGAAUUUCACAGCCCAAAAUUGUGGACAUCACCAGCAGUCAACAAACGGCACAUAGCCUCACCGAAUGUCGUCUCAUAUGUUCAAUCGAUCAAAAGGACUAUUAUCUAUACUAUUUCGUACAGCGUCAUCCAGGUCGCACUAUUGUGUUCUGUAACUCAAUUGACUGUGUGAAACGCUUGACAACACUCUUUGGUUUGUUGGAAUGUGCACCUUUGCCGUUGCACGCAAAUAUGGUACAAAAACAACGUCUUAAGAACCUGGAGCGAUUCCGCGACAAUCCGAAUGGAUUCUUAAUCGCCACCGAUGUUGCGGCGCGCGGGUUAGACAUACCAAAUGUGGAACAUGUGAUACACUACCAAGUGCCACGCACCAGCGAAAACUAUGUUCACCGUUCAGGGCGAACUGCUCGAGCAAAUAAAAACGGCAUAACCGUAAUGCUUAUGGAGCCCGGCGAAGUGAAGAACUAUGUAAAGCUUUAUAAAACCCUGGACAGAUCGGAAGAUUUACCAUUGUUUCCCGUUUCCGAGAAGUAUCUACGUGCGGUAAAGGAGCGUGUGAACUUGGCCAGGGAGGUUGAUAAGCUUGAACUUAAGCAACGUCGCACACAAAGUGAAAUUGGUUGGAUGAAGAAGCAUGCGGAGGAGAUGGAUAUGAUAAUAGAUGGAUUUAAUGACGAGUCUGGCAGUGACCAAGACGAAGACGCUUUCGUGAUCGAACGACGACGCGAUCGGAUGCAUUUGGAAAAUACCCGUGGUCAGCUCAGGUCUUUGUUGUCAAAACCAAUGUUUCCAAGCGGGUUCAGUUUUAAGUAUCCAACUAGUACCGGACAAUUGCAAAUGCCGGCCAUUGGCAACACCGUUACAGAUACUGAUAAAGGGAGCGCUGUAAACGUAAUGAAGGCGGCAAUAGAGGACUUAAAGGAAGCAAAGAAAAAUCGGAAUAAAAAACGAAAACUAUCAUAAAAA